AUGGCUAAAAAUCCAGCUCUUCAACAGGCAUAUUGUGACUUCAUGAAUGAGUACGAGUCACAAGGUCACAUGGUCAAAGCAUCACCUGUUGAAGACCAUUCUAGAUGCUAUUACCUACCACAUCAUAGUGUCAUCAAAGAGUCGAGUACAUCAACAAAGUUGAGAGUUGUAUUUAACGGUUCACAAAAGACAAAUACUGGUGAAUCUUUAAACGACAACUUGUACGAGGGUCCCAAGUUAUUGAAUUCUUUGGUGUCUGUACUCACACAAUGGAGAGCAUAUCAGUAUGUUUUUUCGUGUGACAUACGACAAAUGUUCAGACAGAUCAUCAUCCAUCCUGAUGAUCAAAAGUAUCAAAGAAUUCUUUGGAGACAUACACUCGACUCACCAGUUCAAGAGUACGAAUUAACAACCGUAACAUAUGGUACCAAACCAGCACCAUUUUUGGCUUUGGCUACUUUGAAGCAACUUGAACUGGAAGAGGGAGAUAGGUUCCCGUUGGUUAAAUCAGCUAUUUCACAAGGGUCAUAUAUGGAUGACAUAUAUGUUGGUGCUGAUAAUAUACAACAAGGGGUUGACAAGGUGGUACAAAUACAACAAAUGCUUCACUCAGGUGGCUUCGAGCUGAGGAAAUGGAUAAGUAACUCGAGUGAGUUAUUGAGUAAAAUUCCAGUAGAAUUUCAUGAGAAAUCAUCCACCUCGAGUGAUAGUAAUCAAGUUUUCAGGACACUUGGUCUCAAUUGGGAUACAACAGCUGAUUGUUUUAGUUAUAUUCCAAUAGUAUAUAAAGAACCUAAAGCAAUCACUAAGAGAGUCGUCUUAGCACAAGUGGCUCAACUAUUCGAUCCACUUGGUUGGAUAUCACCAGUCAUAGUUAAGGGUAAAUUAUUUAUGCAAUCUUUAUGGAAGAUUCAGCUUGACUGGGAUGAGCCAAUUCCUGAAAAUUUAUUGGGUCCAUGGAGAGACUUUGUCUCUCAACUGAGUCAUCUAUCUGAGAUAAAAAUACCGAGAUGGUUGAAUCUCACACCAACAGUUUCAUCCAUUGAGAUUCAUGGAUUUGGUGACGCUUCUGAUGCAGCAAUUGGGGCUGUAGUGUACUUGGUGUCUAUUGAUACUCUUGGUGUAGCCAAGAGUAAUAUAAUAGCAUCAAAAUCGAAGCUAGCACCUAUUAAGGCCGAAUCCAACAGCUCCAAUAAAACUAGAGCAACCUGGCAUCAUGUGCCAGGUGAGGAUAAUCCAGCUGAUAUCGUAUCACGUGGUACAUCAUCAUCACAACUGCAUACAGACACGUUGUGGUGGCAGGGUCCAGCCUGGAUUAUCAAAAGUCAAGAUUCAUGGCCUGUGUUGAGUAACCCAGAGAUAGACAUGACUCAGGUUGAAGAAAAGCCAUUAAUUUGCAAUGUGACGUCAACCAGACGUGAAGAAUUUUUGGACAACUUCUCGUCAUUGGUCAAAGCUGUUACAGCAGCAGCUUUGUGGAGAAGAUUUUAUCAGAGUUUCUCGUUGAAAUACCCUGUAAAUAAAUCUUCUUGGAUUACAUCUGAAGAACGUCAGAAUGCAUUGCUGGGCUUGGUAGUAAAUAAUCAACGGUUAUAUUUUCAUGAAGAGAUUAAACAAUUAUCAAAGGGUGAAACCUUGUCAAAGUCUAGUUCUUUGAUAAAAUUGACACCAUUCCUUGAUAGAGAUGGUGCUUUGAGAGUCGGUGGCAGACUGAGUAAAUCUCUCAUGACAAGUGAAGAAAAAUAUCCGUUGAUACUGCCAAAAGAGUCGAAACUUACUGAGCUGGUAUUACAUGAGUGUCAUGCAAAUACUUUGCAUGGUGGUGCACAACUUAUGUUGGCCACCUUGAGGCAACAAUAUUGGAUUGUUGGAGGACGUUUACCAGUCAGAAGUUUCAUUAAUAAAUGUGUUGUUUGUGUGAGACAUCGAGCUGAAGCUGCACAACAGUUAAUGGGUCAACUACCAGCAUCAAGAGUAUUGAAAUCAAGGCCAUUUCUCCAUACAGGAGUUGAUUAUGCUGGUCCGUUUGAACUGAAAACAUGGUCAGGUAAAUGCAACAGGUCAUACAAGGCCUACCUGGUUGUGUUUGUGUGUAUGGCGUCGUCAGCCGUUCAUCUCGAUUUAGCAACUGACUAUACAACUGAGGGUUUUUUAGCAGCAUUUAAGCGAUUUGUCAGUCGUCGUGGACGAUGUGAGAAAUUGUUCAGUGACUGUGGCACUAAUUUUGUGGGUGCAGAUGCGGAGUUAAAACGCAUGUUUAAGGCAUCCUCAAAAGAAGUAAAAAAUCUGGCCAGUCUUCUAGCAAAAGAUGGUACAGAUUGGAGUUUUAUUCCACCUGGAUCACCACAUUUUGGUGGUAAAUGGGAAUCAGUUGUAAAGUCAGCUAAACAUCACAUCAAAAGAGUCAUAGGUGAUCAUAAACUCACCUACGAGCACUUCAGUACCUUUCUGACACAAGUUGAGUGUCUACUCCACUCUAGGCCAUUGUGUCCAAUGUCUGAGGAUCCUGAUGACCUCCAGGCAUUGACACCUGGUCACUUUCUCAUUGGGGAACCACUUAAUGCUGUGCCUGAGCCAUCAGUGUUGGAUGUUCCUGACAAUAGACUCAACAAGUGGCGAUUGUUGAGGAAGUUUAUGGAGUCAUUUUGGGACAGGUGGUCGAAGGAGUACUUGCAAAAGUACUUAGUCAGGUCAAAGUGGUUAAAGACAUCUCCAUGCAUUAAAGUGGGUACAAUGGCUUUGGUCAUUGAUGAGAGAUUGCCACCCGGUAAAUGGGCAUUGGCACGAGUAACUGAAGUGUUUCCUGGAGCUGACGGAUUAGUCAGGGCAGUCACUGUGAAAACACAAACUGCUGAGUAUCAGAGGCCAGUGGCUAAGUUAUGUGUUUUGCCAAUUGAGGUCGCAGAUGAGUCCACAUCCUGGCGCAAACAUAAAUUAUUAACACUUUAUGAAAGAAAGUGUUCACAAAAUAAAGAUGAGCUAAUAUUACGUAGUAUUAGACGUGUUACAUUCACUGCAUUACAAAAACGUCAAUUUCGAAAAUUCUUUACAUUUCGUCGAAAAAAUGGUUUUAUUGAGGAUAAAAUAUAUCGUCAUUUAGAACCAGGCUGUGCAUUUCAACCUAAAUUAAAUCGUAUGAAAGCAUAUGAUCUUGAAGCAUUACCAACGUCAAAUCAAAAAAUGCAUUUAUAUCUUGGACAAGCUAGUUUUGAUUAUUCACAUAAUAAAGAUGCACGUGUAUUAGUUGAAGCAAUGGAUGAAUUAGAAAACACAAACAUUCACCUGGUUGUGAAUAAUAAUAAUAAUAAUAAUAAUAAUAAUAAUAAUAAUAAUAAUAAUAAUAAUAAUAAUAAUAAUAAUAAUAAUAAUAAUAAUAAUAAUAAUAAUAAUAAUAAUAAUAAUAAUAAUAAUAAUAAUAAUAAUAAUAAUAAUAAUAAUAAUAAUAAUAAUAAUAAUAAUAAUAAUAAUAAUAAUAAUAAUAAUAAUAAUAAUAAUAAUAAUAAUAAUAAUAAUAAUAAUAAUAAUAAUAAUAAUAAUAAUAAUAAUAAUAAUAAUAAUAAUAAUAAUAACAUUGCCUAUUUCGAAGAUCAAUGA